CGAAAUGAAAAACGUAAGUGGAUGAUGGAUGUGGAUGCCCGCAUUGACGGAUGGCCUGAUGGUUCGACCUUGAUAGAGAGCAUCUCUGGCCCUCCAAUUUAAAGCCCCGAGUUUCAUCCUUCCUCGUUACGUUCCUUUCCCUCUCUCUCCUCUUCUCCCGUCCGGUUCCUUCGGUGUCCAUCCACCUUCUCACCCUCCUCCUUCCUUCCGCCCCUCCUCUCUCCUUGAAACCCUACGCUCCUCCAAGGCCUUGCUUAUCACCCAUUCAAGAUGGCUACCACGAAUGAAUUCUCUGCCAGCGAUGUCAACAGCUACGACUAUGUAAUCGUCGGAGGUGGUACAGCAGGCUGUGUCAUUGCCAGUCGAUUGGCAGAGUACCUGCCCAACAAGCGCAUCCUGAUCAUUGAGGGUGGCCCCAGUGACUACAUGGAUGACCGGGUCCUCAAUUUGAGGGAAUGGCUUAACUUGCUUGGAGGCGAGUUGGACUACGACUAUCCCACCACGGAACAACCUAUGGGUAACAGUCAUAUCCGUCAUUCCCGCGCGAAGGUUUUGGGCGGGUGCUCCAGCCACAACACCCUCAUCUCUUUCCGUCCCUUUGAGUACGACUGCAAGAGGUGGGAGCAGGCCGGUUGCACGGGCUGGUCAUUCGAGACCUUCACCCGGGUUCUCGAUAACCUGCGCAACACUGUUCAGCCCGUCCACAGUCGUCACCGCAAUCAGCUCUGCCAGGACUGGGUCCAGGCAUGCUCCAGCGCUAUGAACAUCCCCAUCAUCCCCGACUUCAACAAGGAGAUCCGUUCCAAGGGCGAAUUGACUGAAGGCGUGGGUUUCUUCUCCGUUUCCUACAACCCGGAUGAUGGCCGUCGCAGCAGCGCUAGUGUCGCUUACAUCCACCCAAUUCUCCGCGGCGAGGAGAAGCGUCCCAACCUGACGAUUCUCACCAAUGCCUGGGUCUCCCAUGUCAAUGUUAGCGGGGAUACCGUGACUGGUGUUGAUGUGACCCUCCAGUCUGGCAUUAAGCAUACUCUGCGGGCCAAAAGGGAGACCAUCCUGUGCGCUGGCGCCGUCGACACCCCCAGAUUGAUGUUGCUGUCCGGUCUGGGUCCUCGUGAGCAGCUGAGUUCGCUUGGAAUUCCGGUCGUGAGGGAUAUCCCGGGUGUCGGUGAGAACCUCCUCGACCACCCAGAAAGUAUCAUCAUCUGGGAGCUGAAACGCCCCGUACCUCCGAACCAGACCACCAUGGACUCCGAUGCGGGUAUUUUUUUGCGUCGUGAGCUACCCAAUGCUCAUGGUUUCGAUGGCCGCGCUGCCGAUGUCAUGAUGCACUGCUACCAAAUUCCAUUCUGUCUCAACACCACCAGACUGGGAUAUGACACUCCGGUCGAUGCUUUCUGCAUGACCCCUAACAUUCCCCGCCCCCGAUCUCGUGGUCGUAUCUACCUCACCUCGGCAGACCCUAACGUCAAGCCGGCCUUGGACUUCCGUUAUUUCACUGACCCGGAGGGCUACGACGCUGCCACUAUUGUUUCUGGUCUUAAGGCUGCCCGUGAGAUUGCCCAGCAGUCGCCUUUCAAAGAGUGGAUUAAGCGCGAGGUUGCCCCUGGCCCUAAGGUGCAGACUGAUGAAGAACUAUCCGAGUAUGGCCGCCGCGUGGCCCACACCGUCUAUCACCCGGCUGGAACGACCAAAAUGGGUAAUUUGACUCGUGACCCAAUGGCUGUCGUCGACAGCCAGCUGAAGGUCCGGGGACUAAAGAAUGUCCGUGUCGCGGAUGCCGGUGUCUUCCCUGAGAUGCCCACCAUUAAUCCCAUGCUUACUGUGUUGGCUAUUGGCGAGCGUGCUGCGGAGCUGAUUGCGGAAGAGGCUGGUUGGAAGCGUGAGCAGCCCCGUCUGUAAGCCAUGCACAUUGUCCUCGCUUCUACAAAUAUUCCCCUGCGUUAGCCUUUUUUUACAAAGGAAACAGGGAGUCGGGUUUGAAACGGCUCAUGUGUGGGAGAGGGAUCCUUCUUCCGAGUAGGGGAGGAGUUACGGUCGAGAGAUGCAAGCAUUUUUAACGGAGUUUACUCUCUUACAUGAUUUACGAUUCACGAUCUAGAGGAGGAUUAGAAAAGCCAGAGAAAGAUCUAGUCCCCUGCAAGGAUUGAUGUGUGGUGCUAUGUCCGCUAAUCUUGUCAAGUUUUGGGGGUAAAUGGUGUGGCUGUAUCAUUAUCUCAUACACAGAGUUCUGAGCGGUCAUCUCAAGUACUAUCUGUUUGUAUCAUAUAGCACCUGCGCCACGCAGCAAGUAUAAAAGAACUGUUUUUUUAG